AUGGUGGAGAGUGGCAAACGAUCGCGUCCCCAAAGAGAUUAUGAUGGGGAUACCAAUAAUCAGAAGAGGCACAAAGAUGAUAAAGCUACUAAUAAUGAUGAACUGGUUGUUUAUAGAAUACUAUGCCCUGAUGGGGUUAUCGGAAGUGUCAUUGGUAAAAGUGGUAAAGUCAUCAAUUCCAUAAGGCAUGAGUCAAGGGCGAGAGUUAAGGUGGUGGACCCGUUUCCAGGUGCCAAAGAUAGGGUCAUAACAAUUUAUUGCCAUGUCAAGGAGAAGGAAGAUGUUGAUGUUGAUGAUGAUUUCAAUCACACCGGUCCUUUAUGUCCUGCACAAGAUGCUCUUCUUAAAGUUCAUGCUGCAAUUUCAAAUGCUGUUGCAUCUCUUGGGGACUCUGAAAAAAGACGGAGAGAUAAGGAAGAGUGCCAAAUUCUUGUCCCAACUAGCCAGUCUGCAAAUAUUAUUGGUAAGGCUGGGGCAACUAUAAAGAAACUGAGAAACAAGACCAGGACGAACAUUAAAAUUACUGCCAAAGAUGCCUCUGACCCUACUCACUCAUGUGCUAUGGACUUUGACAACUUUCUUCUGAUAACUGGUGAAUCAGAUGCAGUGAAGAAAGCAUUGUUUGCAGUUUCUACAAUCAUGUAUAAGUUCAAUCCAAAAGAAGAAAUCCCCCUUGAGACAACUGUACCAGAAGCUCCUCCCAGCAUUAUCAUACCAUCAGAUGUCCCUAUAUAUCAACCAGGUGGAUUCUAUCCAAAUGCAGAUCCGAUUGUUUCUUCUAGAUCCGUUCCGCCAAUCUUAGGUGCUACACAUAUACCGGAGCUUCAGGGUUAUGGGGAUAUAGGGAGUUCUUGGCCCAUUUAUUCAUCUACGCUCCCUGUAGUUCCCAGUUUUGGCAAUGCUUCUCAAUCUGAGGAGUUAAUUAUACGAGUAUUAUGCCCAUUUGACAAGAUUGGCCGUGUCAUUGGCAAGGGAGGGAGUACCAUUAAAAGCAUAAGGCAGGCUAGUGGUGCUCGGAUUGAGGUUGAUGAUACCAAAGCUGAUCGGGAUGAGUGUAUUAUUACAGUCAUUGCAACUGAGUCUCCCGAUGAUUUGAAAUCCAUGUCAGUUGAAGCUAUUUUGUUGCUUCAAGGAAAGAUUAAUGAUGAAGUUGAUGACACUGUUGGCAUUCGGCUCCUUGUUCUCUCUAAAGUUAUUGGGUGUAUCAUAGGAAAAAGUGGUUCAAUUGUAAAUGAAAUUCGAAAGAGAACUAAUGCUGAUGUCCGCAUCUCAAAAGGGGAUAAGCCUAAGUGUGCUGAUAGUAAUGAUGAACUUGUUGAGGUGGUUGGAGAAGUUGGUAGUGUGAGGGAUGCACUUGUCCAGAUUGUUCUAAGGCUCAGAGAUGAUGUAUUGAAAGAAAAGGAUGGUGGUCUGAAUUCUUCUGUUGGUACAGAUUCUGUAUACCCUGUCGGUGCUGGUCUUUCUAUACCAUCUAUCCUUCCUUCUGUUCCACCAGUUGCUCCGAUGGGUUAUGAUCAGAGGCCUGAAAGUGGAAGCGGAUUGGGCAUGCUUUCAUCAAGCAGCCUUUAUGGAUAUGGAUCCUUACCGAUGGGAGAAAAUAGCUAUGGUUCUCUGGCCUCGUAUUCUUCGUCUAAGCUGUUCAGAGGGUUAGUACAUUGUGCUCUUGAAAACCCAGAAUUUUUUUCUUUGACCUCUAUACUUUCCAUGCAAACUGAUUUUCUGGACUUACGCAGUUUGCCUCCAUCCUCAACUCUGGAAAUGUUGGUGCCUGCUAAUGCAGUUGGUAAAGUGAUGGGUAAAGGAGGAGCAAAUAUAGCCAACAUCCGAAAGAUAUCAGGAGCAAUGAUAGAAAUCUCUGAUGCCAAGUCUGCAAGGGGUGAUCGUAUUGCUCAUGUAUCUGGCACACCAGAGCAAAAACGGGCUGCUGAAAACUUGAUCCAGGCAUUUAUUAUGGCCACGUCAAAUGAGGAGAUAUGCCAGUGGGUUAAUAUCCAUGGUUAUAGGUUCUUGUCAUUGUUUGCUCGAUCUAAUCUUCUAUCUGCAGCUCUUAGAACAUUUUCUCAUGUCCCUAAGUUGUCCCCUAGUCGCUAUUCCAACUCUACUAAGAUUGUUGGAACUUGGGAGUAG